UGCCAUAACCGAAAUAAUUUUGUGUUUCUUCAAAUGGAAGAUUCAUAAUUUUUGCUUUAUCAUCAUUACAUGAUGCUGCAUUGGUAUUUUGAUUCAUUCCUUCAUGAUUUCAGCGUAAAAGAAUUAUUUGAUCGUCGUUCUUGUUUAGCUUGCAAAAUUUUACUGUGAAAGAGUGAAUAUAUUCAUGGAGACGUGAAAUUGCAAAGAGUUAGUGCAGAAAUGAGCAAAGAAAGUGGUAGUAGUGUGUAUAAGGCAUGGGAAGCCACGGUGCGCAAGACGCAGGCUGCAAGGAAGCGUGCUAACAGCAUUUUCGGAAUUUCAGUGGAUCAUGCAGACGAUGAUGAUCAUGACCAUAGUAGCGAUGAAAGUGAUUGUGGCCCCGAAGAUAUGAUAUAUAAUGCAGAUAGGAUUCUUCCCAAUGGAGACUACUACACCGGUCAUUGGUGCGAAAAUUUCCCUCAUGGCCAAGGAAAGUACUUGUGGACCGAUGGCUGUAUGUAUGUUGGAGAGUGGUUUAAAGGAAAAACCAUGGGGAAAGGUAGGUUCAGCUGGCCUUCCGGGGCUACAUAUGAGGGCGAGUUUAAAAGCGGAUACAUGGAUGGGAAUGGUACAUACACAGGGUCUAAUGGCGAUACUUAUAAGGGACAAUGGGUUAUGAAUUUAAAACAUGGACAUGGUACUAAGAAUUAUUCGAAUGGGGAUUGGUACGAGGGGGAAUGGCGACGCGGGUUGCAGGAAGGUCAAGGCAGGUAUCAAUGGAAGGAUGGGAACCAUUACACAGGGGAAUGGAAAAAUGGAGUGAUUUGUGGGAAAGGGGCAUUUGUUUGGAGUAAUGGGAAUAGGUAUGAUGGAAAUUGGGAAGAUUGUGUACCUAAAGGGAAUGGAACUUUCCGAUGGCCUGAUGGGAGUCUUUACGUAGGGAAUUGGAGUAAGGAUCUGAGCGAGCAGAACGGGACUUAUUAUCCAUCCCAGUCAUCAUCGGACGCCAAUCUUGAAUGGAAUCCUGAAGAUGUGUACAAUGUUGAUUUGAAGAAUUGUAUAAUUUGUCCAGGGGAUAAGGUUUCGGUUUUGCCAUCCCAGAAGAAGCUUGCAGUGUGGAGAUCAGCAAAGGGUGAGAGUGUCAAGCCGAGAAGAAUGUCGGUGGAUGGAAGGGUAAGCGUUGGGCUGGAUAAACCAUUUGAUAGGAUGCAAAUGUGGGAUGGUAGCGCCCAUGGCGGUGAAUCACCAUGUAAUGCCGGUGAUCAUAGGGCUUCUACUGUCGGGGGAGAACUGGAUGAAGAUAUGAUGGGUCUGCAUGUUGAAGAUGGGAAUCAAAGGGGACUCCCAAUGAAGGUACCUAAGACUGCAAGGAGGCAGGGGGAAACAAUCAGCAGGGGCCACAAAAACUAUGAACUCAUGCUCAAUUUGCAGCUAGGAAUCAGGCAUUCUGUUGGCAGACCAGGUCCCUCUGGAUCCCUUGAUCUGAAGCCUUCAGCUUUCGACCCCAGGGAAAAAUAUUGGACUAGAUUUCCUUCAGAAGGCUCCAAAUACACUCCGCCACACCAGUCCUGUGAGUUUAAAUGGAAGGAUUACUGUCCAUUAGUCUUCAGGACCCUUAGAAAGUUGUUCAACGUCGAUCAAGCAGACUACAUGUUAUCAAUUUGCGGAAAUGAUGCGCUUCGGGAACUCUCCUCUCCUGGUAAAAGUGGCAGCUUCUUUUACUUGACCAAUGACGACCGCUACAUGAUUAAAACAAUGAAGAAGGCAGAAGUUAAAGUGCUUAUAAGGAUGCUUUCAGCCUACUACAACCAUGUUCGAGCAUACGAAAACACUCUGGUCACUAAAUUUUAUGGUCUACAUUGUGUAAAGCUAAUGGGCCAACCUAUUCAAAAGAAGGUGCGGUUCAUCAUCAUGGGGAACCUUUUCUGUUCUGAAUAUACAAUUCACAGACGUUUCGACUUGAAGGGAUCUUCCCUCGGUCGAACAACAGAUAAGCCUGAGACAGAGAUUGAUGAAAUGACUAUUCUUAAAGAUCUUGAUCUUAACUUUAUAUUUCGACUUCAGAAGACAUGGUUUCAAGAUUUUUGCAGGCAAAUUGAUAGGGAUUGUGAGUUUCUUGAACAGGAGAGAAUAAUGGAUUAUAGCCUGUUGGUUGGACUGCAUUUCAGAAAUAUAUCAGCUGCUGGGGAUCUUAUUCCUUCUGGAGCACACACUCCUACUGGUGACCAAGAGAGCGAGGGAGCUCCCCGUCUUUCUCGAGCAGACAUGGAUCAACUUCUUUUAGAUCCAUCCAGGUGGGCUAGUAUUAAAUUGGGUUUGAACAUGCCAGCAAGAGUUGAAAAGACGGAGAGAAAAACUGAUUGUGAAUUUCAACUUGUGGUAGAUCCAACUGGGGAGUAUUAUGAUGUUAUAAUGUUCUUUGGAAUCAUAGACAUUCUUCAAGACUACGACAUAAGCAAGAAGCUUGAGCAUGCAUACAAGUCCAUCCAGUACGACGCAACUUCUAUAUCCGCUGUUGAUCCGAGGCAAUAUUCGAGGCGCUUUCGUGAUUUCAUUUACAAAGUUUUUGCGGAAGAAACCACUUGAAACUUGAAAUUAAGGAAUUCUCUCUUCAUUUCUUGACUAGCAAGAAAACUGUUCAAAUUUCGACAGCAAAGUUUUAUUUCGUAAACACGACGAGAGUACGUACAUAUUUCACUAAAUUAUAGAAAUUGGUGUGCAGUAUAUAGUCCAUUGAUUCACCCUCGUAAAACUGUAUCAGAAUCCAGAUUUUUCUGAUGAUUUUUAAUCUAUUUCUUCGUCUCUAUCUCUGAUAUUGAGAGAUAGAGAGGUUUAUGGGAGGGACUUGUAGCAUUUGCAUUUGUAUCC